AUGAUUACACGUAAUGUGGAGCUUCCACAACGGAUUCUUCAGAAGAUUAGAUACAUAGAACGGAGAGUUCUAACUACCGGAAUCAGCAUUAUCAUAGAAUAUCAUAGAGAAUUAAGUGUGGCUGUCCAGGAGACUUUAUCAGUGAGGAAUGAAACUUUCAGCACCGAAGUAAAAAGUCAAGCAAAAUAUCUCCUGAAACUGAAAGGGGAAUUGCGAAAAAUCCAUACGAUACUUCAACAACUGAAAAGAAGAAUCUUAGUAAGUAUCGCAAUACUCAAAAUCCGGAAUCAUCAGCAAGCAUUCGGGGGAAUCCGUACUAUAAUCCUCAAGAAAUACCAAGAAGUCAACAAUUGGGUGUGCGAUCCAAUACGUAAGAUCACGGCGGCAGAAAUAGUACCUACAUAUCGAAGAAUUCUACAUCGUCCCGCCUCGUCCUUAGCAUAUAAGGCAUAG